AUGGAGCCAUCCACCUCAGCGGAGGCCGCUGCUGCAGCAGCAGCUGGUGGUCCGGAUCCGCGGCUGGAACUGAUGGGCUCCUUCGUCAUCAAGUCGCUCAAGUUGAAGCCGGAGAAGUGGACGCGUGUCAUCACGGUGGAGGAGCACAAGGGCAUCAUCAAGGAGUUUCUGGACAAGAACACCCCGGUUGUCCUGAUAAUCAUCCUCACUCCGGCUGCCCAGUUGGUGCCAUCGACCACGUUUCCAUUAUCCCAACUCAAAAGCAAGGGUGUCUACUUCAUCAAGCGCUAUGCUUUACCCAUUCCUCGCGAGGAUUGCAACAACUUCAUCAUCUUCGGGGACUUGGCUACCCGAACUAUUGACCAACUAUCCGCUCUGGUGGAGGAGGUCCUCGUUCCUCUUCUCUCCAACGAGGACAACUACCGCAGUUGGCCCAUCAUGGUGGCCCAGGAUGUGCAGAAGCACGUGCACAGCCUCAAGAGCACCGUGCACCAGGUCAAAGGUCAGGUCAGCGGAGAGACCAUCCUAGCCAUGCCGGUGGGCGUGGAGAAGAUUGUGAAGGCGGCCAAGGAGCUGGUGGAAACGGAGCAGUGCCAGUUUGAUUUGUACCUGAAGAGCGCCAUCGAGGGCGUGGUCAUCAAGUGGGCCACCCAGAUCCACGAGGUCAUCAAGGAGAGCCCCUCGAAUGCCUUCGCCAAUGGCCAGAACCCCACUCCGCACACUGAAUUUUCAUUUUGGAACAACCGGCUGAAGAAUCUUUCGUUCAUCUACGACCAAUUGCGCAACGAGCGCAUUCGUGCGAUGGCUUUGAUACUGGAGUACUCGAUGAGUGCCUACCAUCCGUGCUUCCAGACCCUCUUCAAGAACGUGGUUACGGCUCUGGCGGAGGCAAAGGACAUAACACUCUAUCUGAACCCCCUGAAGCGCCCACUUCAGCACUUGGAGGAGAUUGAUUUCGCGGAAUGCAAACCGCUGCUCAUUCCGUUCAUGAACACUGUGGGAAUUUUGUGGGGCAACUCACGCUAUUACUGCCAGUCGGCGAAAAUAACAGUGCUGCUGCAGGAAAUAUGCAACUUGAUUAUACACCAGGCCAAGAGAUAUUUGGACCCCUCGUCCAUAUUCCACAGCGAUAUAGAUGAGGCGAUGCAGCGCCUUACUUUGUCCAUUGGAAUACUGAAGUUCUUUCGGGAACUCUUUGACUACUACAAAGAACGUCUUGCCACAUUCUUCACGGAACCCGAAGAGCGGCCGCCGAUUUUAUGGACUUUUCAUCCAAAUUCAGUUUUCAAGCGCUUUAAUGCCUUCCUCGAGCGACUCACAACCAUUCAGUGGUUCUUCUUUACUGUGAUUGAAUUCCUGAAAUUAGAGAAAGUCGAAAUCGGUGGGCUGCGGGGUCGCCAGCUCAGCACUCGAAUUACAGAUGUCUACGUGGAGUUCAAUCAGUACUUCACGGCCUUUGCCUCGAAGAGCUACGACGUCCUGGAUCCCGACGAUCACGAGUUCGAUGAGGACUUCAAGGGCUUCCAGACCCGCAUCCUUGAGCUCGACAUGAAGCUGGCGGCCAUUUUGUGCCAGGCCUUUGACGAUUGUCACAACUUGGAGAGUAUUUUCAAGCUCAUUAGCAUUGUGGGCAGCGUACUCGAUCGGCCCAAAAUCAAGGAGGAGUUCACCCAGCGCUAUGCCGAAAUCGUACGCAUGUUAGACGAUGAAAUGACUGUCUGCGAGUCCAUCUACGAUAAACAAAUGGAACUAAAGAAGGUUGGGGACAAUCUGUACCCCAACUACAACUGUCCACCCGUGGCGGCCUUUAUUCGCUGGUGCCAUCAGCUGGAGACGCGGAUUACAGCUCCAGUCAAGCACUUCAAGGCAUUGCAGCAUGAGAUAACAAAGACAGAGAAAUCCUUGGAAAUCGUUGAGCGCUAUGAGGUCCUCAUGGUAAAAUUGGGAAGCUGUAAGACACAAUUCUUUGACGAUUGGGCCGAGCGAUUGGAUGGUCAAAUCGAAGCAAAUCUGAAGAAAUCCCUGAUAGCCCGCGAUCGCCGCCAUAAUUCGCUGAUCUUGAACUUCAGUGCCGCUUUUUCGAUUCUGAGGGAGGUGCACUACAUGCAGCAGAUGAAGAUCGACGGCAUUCCCCAAAUAGCCAUUGAUUUUGCCGAGAAGAGCGACGUCUUUCGAUCCUAUACACUGAAUCUCGAGAAGACCAUCGAUUGGUACAACAGCAUUCAAGAGGGCAGCUCUCCCGUGGAACUCAGGCUGAUCGAACCCGAGAUAAAGAUGAUCGAUGACCUGGUGGAGAUCGGUGUUAAUCAGCUCGUUUGGAAUUCGUCAGACAUUCUAAGCUACCUGGACAAUCUGCGCAAACCAGUUGCUGCUCUUCAAAAUCGCAUGGAUCACACCCAGGGAAAUCUUCGCCAGAUCCGCAAGAUCAUGGGUGUUUGGGCCAAGCAGCCGCUUUUCGAGAGGCGGGAUUGCAAAAAGGACAGUGUGCUCUCCAUAGAUGAACGUCCAGAUCGAACGGCCAAACGGUAUGCCGAGAUCCAAGCAGCUUCAAUUGAGAUUCACAAGUUGCUGCAGGACAAUAUGCUUCAAUUCGAUAUGGAGCACAAACAGGACGACGCAGUGUGGCUUAGUUACGUGGACUUUGUUGAUAACAUCGUAUAUGAGAAUAUCUUGCGAACAGUGGGCGUGAGUGUGGGCUAUCUAGCGGAGAACAUGGAUCCCGAGAACAACUAUGCUCCACUCUUUGAGUCUCGUUUGGAGCUCGUUGAACCCAAUCUGGUAUUUGUACCCUCGCUGGAUCCCGAGGAUCCGAUGGGUUUCAACAACAUGCUAAUUGAACUCAUGAGGGACAUAAUGAAGAUGGGUUCGUUGAUCAAACGCCUGAAGCCCAAUGAGAAACGCAACUAUGUGGAGAUGAUAAAGGAGAAUCAGGACAUAAUCGACAUGCGCCGCGAGAUUCUGAAUGGGGUGGACCUUGUCAUGGAGGAGGCCUCCCGUUUCUGCCGCCAGUUUGAGCGGUACUCGUACCUCUGGUUGGAUGAUCGCGAGGAGUGCAUGGAGUACUUCCUAGAAUACGGAAGGAUGUUGGAUCCCGAUGAAAUCGAGCUGAUCAUGAUCAACGAUCCCAAUCAGCCGCCUCCGGAACCCUGUCAGCCAACGAUUGAGGCUUUCAGGGAGCAGAUCGAUAACUACGAGUCUCUGUUCAACGAAAUCGAGGACAUUGGCCCCUUCCAGGUGUUCAGUUCCUGGUUCCAGGUUGAUGUACGUCCCUUCAGACAGGCACUACUCAACACAGUCUGCAAGUGGGGCAACAUGUUCAAGGAGCACCUGGUGACCACUGUCACCUCCAGCCUAAUGAACCUCAGCCAGUUUAUCCGCAAGGCGGACGAGGGUCUUCUGCAGACGGUCAAGGAGAAGGAUUACGAGGGACUGGUCAGCAUCAUGGCGUAUCUGAUGCAGGUGAAGGAACGGGCAGCCAAGACGGAUGAGAUGUUCGAACCCAUGCAGGAGACCAUUCAACUACUCAAGUACUACGACAUGGACAUUCCCGAGGAGGUGAACGUGCUGCUGCAGGAACUACCGGAACAGUGGGCCAACACCAAGAAGAUAGCCACCACGGUGAAGCAACAGGUCUCGCCACUCCAGGCCACCGAGGUGGUCAGCAUCCGGAACAAGAUCGCCCUCUUCGAGACGCACAUCCAGCUCUUCCGGGAGGUCUUCAAGACCUACGACUUUUUCCGGUUCGAUUGCUAUAAGCCUUACCUCCUGAUGGAUCGCAUCAACGACGAUAUGUUCCUGUGCGAGAGCGAGAUGCGGGACAUCCAGGAGUCCGGCAGCCUGUUCGAGGUCAACAUCCCGGAGUUCAAGGUGCUGAAGCAGUGCCGCAAGGAGCUGCGCAUGCUUAAGCAACUCUGGGACUACGUGAACAUCGUGGCCACCAGCAUCGACGAUUGGAAGACGACGCCGUGGCGCAAGGUGGAUGUGGAGAACAUGGACAUCGAGUGCAAGAAGUUCGCCAAGGAUAUCCGCUUGUUGGACAAGGAGAUGCGUCCGUGGGACACGUUCAUCAACCUGGAGUCGACGGUCAAGAACAUGCUGACCUCGCUCCGAGCCGUCGGGGAGCUGCAGAAUCCGGCCAUUCGGGAGCGUCACUGGAACCAGCUGAUGAACUCCACCAAGGUCAAGUUCAUCAUGGAUCACGAGACGACGCUGGCCGAACUCUUAGGUCUUAACCUGCAUGAGUGCGAGGAGGAGGUAAAGAACAUCGUGGACAAGGCCGUGAAGGAGAUGUCCAUGGAGAAGAUACUGCGCGAUCUAAACACAACUUGGACGGCCAUGGCAUUCGACCAUGAGCUGCACCCGCGCACCGGCUGUAACCUCCUGAAGGCAUCGGAAGAACUCAUAGAGACGCUUGAAGAUAAUCAGGUUUGCCUACAGAAUCUCAUAACAUCCAAGUACAUCGCCCAUUUCCUCGAAGAAGUGUCCACUUGGCAAAACAAGCUUAUGAUCGCCGAUCAAGUGAUAACCGUAUGGUUUGAGGUGCAACGCACUUGGACCCAUCUUGAGAGUAUCUUCAUGAGUUCGGAAGACAUACGCAAACAGCUUCCCGUCGAUUCGGAUCGAUUCGAUAAUAUUGACGCCGAGUUUCGCGUCCUCAUGGACGAGAUGUCCGUCUCGUCGAAUGUGGUGGCAUCCACCAAUCGUUCCGGCCUAAUCGAACGCCUGGAGCAUUUGCAGAAGGAGCUUACGCUUUGCGAGAAGGCAUUGGCAGAGUAUUUGGAAACGAAACGCUUGGCUUUUCCUCGCUUCUACUUCGUGUCCUCGGCCGAUUUGCUGGACGUCCUGAGCAACGGCAUCCAGCCGGAAAUGGUCACCAAGCACCUGACCAAGCUCUUCGACUCGAUCGCCCGCUUGAAGUUCAACCGCGACGAGUCCGGCGAGAUCUGCACCGCCUCGGGCAUGUACGCCAAGGACGGCGAGUACGUGGAGUUCAACGAACUGGCCAGCAUCCGAGGACCCGUCGAAGUCUGGCUAAACCGCAUCCAGGCGGCGAUGCGUGCCAGUCUGAGGCACUACGUCAUGGAGGCGGUGAUCGCCUACGAGGAAAAGCAGCGGGAACAAUGGUUGUUCGACUACGCUGCCCAGGUGUCCCUCUGCGGAUCGCAGAUCUGGUGGUCCACGGAGGUGAACAUCGCCUUCAGCCGGUUGGAGGAGGGCUACGACAACGCCAUCAAGGAUUACUACAAGAAGCAGAUAUCGCAGCUGAGUCUGCUCAUAACGCUUCUGCUGGGCGAGCUGAGCAAGGGCGAUCGUCAGAAGAUCAUGACGAUAUGCACCAUAGAUGUGCACUCCAGGGAUGUGGUCGCCAAGAUGAUUCAGGCCAAAUUGGAUUCGGGCUCCGCGUUUAUGUGGCAAUCGCAGCUGAGGCAUCGCUUCGACGAUGUGGAGAAGGACUGUUUUGCCAAUAUCUGCGACGCCGAGUUCCAGUAUUGUCACGAAUACUUGGGCAAUACGCCACGCCUGGUCAUAACGCCGCUCACAGAUCGUUGCUAUAUAACCCUGACCCAGUCCCUCCACUUGGUGAUGGGCGGAGCUCCCGCCGGUCCCGCGGGAACCGGAAAGACCGAGACCACCAAGGACUUGGGCCGUGCCAUCGGCAUUUCGGUCUACGUGUUUAACUGCUCCGAGCAGAUGGACUACCAGUCCUGCGGAAAUAUCUACAAAGGAUUGGCUCAAACGGGAGCCUGGGGAUGUUUCGACGAGUUCAACCGCAUCACCGUCGAGGUCCUGUCCGUGGUGGCGGUUCAGGUAAAGUCCGUACAGGACGCCAUUCGGGACAAGAAGGACAAGUUCAACUUCAUGGGCGAGAUAAUCAGCUGUGUGCCCACCGUGGGGAUUUUCAUCACCAUGAAUCCGGGCUACGCCGGCCGCACCGAGCUGCCGGAGAACCUGAAGGCACUCUUCCGACCCUGCGCCAUGGUCGUGCCCGACUUCGAGCUCAUCUGCGAGAUCAUGCUGGUGGCCGAGGGAUUCCAGGACGCCCGCGUCCUCGCCCGCAAGUUCAUCACGCUUUACACGCUCUGCAAGGAGCUGCUCUCCAAGCAGGACCACUACGAUUGGGGCCUGAGAGCCAUCAAGUCUGUGCUCGUCGUGGCGGGAUCCCUAAAGCGAGGCGAUCCCGGUCGUCCGGAGGAGGAGGUGCUGAUGCGCGCCCUCCGAGACUUCAACAUCCCGAAGAUCAUUACGGACGACAUGCCGGUGUUCAUGGGGCUGAUCAGCGACCUGUUCCCCGCCCUGGAUGUGCCCCGCAAACGUGAUCAGGAUUUUGAACGCACCGUAAAACAAGCGGCCUCCGAUCUACUACUACAGCCAGAGGACAAUUUCAUCCUGAAGGUAGUGCAGCUGGAGGAGCUGUUGGAGGUACGUCACUCCGUGUUCAUCGUUGGCAACGCGGGCACUGGGAAGACCCAGGUGUGGAAGACGCUGCUGCGCACCUACCAGAACAUCAAGCGGAAGCCCAUAUUCAAUGACUUGAAUCCGAAAGCUGUGACCAAUGAUGAACUUUUCGGCAUUAUCAACCCGGCGACACGCGAGUGGAAAGACGGCCUGUUCUCGGUAUUAAUGCGGGAUCAGGCAAACAUAACGGGCGAUCAACCAAAGUGGAUCGUGCUCGACGGCGACAUCGAUCCGAUGUGGAUCGAGAGCCUCAACACCGUGAUGGACGACAACAAGGUCCUGACACUGGCCAGCAACGAGCGCAUUGCGUUGACGCCUUCGAUGCGUUUGCUCUUCGAGAUCUCCAACCUGAGAACAGCCACGCCGGCAACCGUAUCCAGGGCUGGCAUCCUGUACAUAAAUCCCCAGGACUUGGGUUGGAAUCCCUAUGUAACCAGUUGGGUUGAAACGCGCAAAAUUCCAGCCGAAAAGUCCAAUUUGGUCAUGUUAUUCGAUAAGUACAUACCGCCUUCAUUGGAAACGAUUCGCGUGCGUUUCAAGAAGAUCACGCCUGUCGCCGAAAUGGCCCACAUCCAAAUGCUGUGCCAUCUGCUAAACUGUUUUCUAAUACCAGCGAACACGCCUGCCGACUGCCCAAAAGAAUGGCACGAACUGUACUUUGUUUUUGCCUGUAUUUGGGCCUUCGGGUCGGCCAUGUUCCAGGAUCAAGCCAUUGACUACCGCGUGGAGUUCAGCAAAUGGUGGGUAAAUGAGUUCAAAACUGUUAAGUUCCCGCCAGGUGGAACAGUUUUCGAUUACUUCCUGGAUAGCGAGACGAAGACCUUCCUCCCGUGGACCGAGAAGAUACCCAAGUUCGAGCUGGACUCGGAUCUGCCCCUGCAGGCUGUCAUCGUGCACACCUCCGAGUCGAUCCGGCUGCGUUUUUUCCUAGAUCUCCUGAUGGAUAAGAAGCACCCGGUGAUGCUAGUGGGGAAUGCCGGAUGCGGCAAGACCGUACUGGUUAACGAGAAGCUUCAAUCGCUUUCUGAGAAUUACGCUGUCACGACAAUACCAUUCAAUUACUACACCACGUCCGAGAUGUUGCAAAAGAUCCUCGAGAAGCCGCUGGAGAAGAAGGCGGGUCGCAACUACGGACCGCCCGGCAACAAGCUCCUCUGUUACUUCGUCGACGACAUCAACAUGCCGGAGGUGGACGCCUACGGCACCGUCCAGCCGCACACUCUGAUGCGCCAGCACCUGGACUACGGCCACUGGUAUGACAGGAACAAACUGACCCUGAAGGACAUCCACAACUGCCAGUACGUGGCCUGCAUGAACCCCACCUCCGGCAGCUUCACGAUCAAUCCGCGCCUGCAGCGCCACUUCUGCGUUCUGGCCGUUAGCUUUCCAGGUCCCGAGUCCAUCACCGUCAUGUACUCGGCCAUCCUGGCGCAGCACUUUGCCAAUGCGGAGCAGAAGUUCACCCCGAUCGUCACGCGGAUGACGCCCAACAUCGUCGCCGCCACGAUCGCCCUGCACAACAAGUGCCUGCAGGUCUUCCUGCCCACGGCGAUCAAGUCGCACUACAUCUUUAACCUGCGCGACAUCAGCAAUGUCUUUCAGGGAUUGCUGUUCAGUUCGACAGAGUGCUUGACGGGCUCCACAGAUCUUAUACGCUUGUGGCAGCACGAGACACAGAGGGUGUACUCGGAUAAGCUAACCGACGAUAAGGACAUCGAUAGCUUUACCAAAAUGCAGCAUGACAUUGUCAAGAAGUCGUUCGAAGAAAUUGACGAAUCCGUUAUAUUCGACAAGCCGAAUAUCUACUGUCAUUUCGCUGGAGGAAUUGGUGAUCCUAAGUACAUGCCCAUCAAGGGUUGGCCUGAGCUUCACAAACUCCUUCAGGAAGCAAUGUCAUCGUAUAAUGAUCUAGUCGCUGCCAUGAACCUGGUGUUGUUCGAGGAUGCGAUGAUGCAUGUGUGUAGGAUCAAUCGCAUUUUAGAAUCACCGCGUGGCAGCGCCUUAUUGGUUGGUGUUGGUGGCAGCGGGAAACAAUCUCUAGCGCGCUUGGCAGCAUUCAUAUCCAGCUUGGAGGUCGUGCAGAUACAGCUAAAGAAGGGCUACGGAGUCAAUGACUUGAAGAAUGAAUUUUCAGGACUUUAUUUAAAGGCUGGACUCAAGAAUGUUGGCAUUAUGUUCCUAAUGACAGAUGCUCAGAUUCCCAGCGAGGAUUUUCUUGUCCUCAUCAACGAUAUGUUAAUGACUGGCGAGAUCCCAGAUCUGUUCCCGGACGACGAGAUCGAGAACAUCAUCGCAGGCGUGCGAAAUGAGGUCAAAGGUGCGGGACUGGUUGAUACGCGGGAAAACUGCUGGAAAUUCUUCAUCGAUCGUGUGCGCAAGCAGCUGAAGAUAGUUCUGUGCUUUUCGCCAGUGGGUUCAACAUUGCGUGUUCGGUCGAGGAAAUUCCCUGCCAUCAUCAAUGCCACAUCGAUCAAUUGGUUCCACGAAUGGCCUCAGGAGGCACUCAUCUCGGUGGCCAUGAACUUCCUGGCCCAGAACAAAGUGUUGCCGGAGAACCACCGCGAUUCGGUGGCCAAGUUCAUGGCCUACGUCCACACCUCGGUGAACACGACAUCGAAGGUGUACCUACAGAACGAGCGGCGCUACAACUACACCACGCCCAAGAGUUACCUGGAGCAGAUCAACCUGUACAUCAAGCUGCUCAACCACAAGCACGAGGACCUGCAGAGCAAGAUUGAGCGCUUGGAGAACGGACUGGAGAAGCUGAGGUCCACCUCGCUGCAGGUGGCCGACCUGAAGGUCAAGCUCGCCGUUCAGGAGAUCGAACUCAAGGAGAAGAACGAGGCGGCGGACGCCCUGAUCGAGAUUGUGGGCAUCGAGACGGAGAAGGUGCAAACGGAGAAAGCCGUGGCCGACGAGGAGGAAAUGAAGGUUGCUUUGAUAGCCGACGAAGUGAGCAAGAAGCAGCGUGACUGCGAGGAGGACCUCCUCAAGGCGGAGCCGGCUCUGAUGGCCGCCCAGGAUGCGCUCAACACGCUCAACAAGGCGAAUCUCACCGAGCUAAAGAGCUUCGGUUCGCCGCCGGGAGCCGUGACAAAUGUCACCGCCGCCGUGAUGGUGCUCCUCUCCCAGGGCGGCAAGGUGCCCAAGGAUCGCUCCUGGAAGGCGGCCAAGAUCGCCAUGGCCAAGGUGGACACGUUCCUUGACUCGCUGAUCAACUACGACAAGGAGAACAUUCACCCCGAGAUCACCAAGGCCAUCCAGCCCUAUCUCAAGGAUCCGGAGUUCGAGCCCGAGUUCGUCCGCUCCAAGUCGGGAGCGGCGGCCGGCUUGUGUGCCUGGGUCAUCAACAUCAUCAAGUUCUACGAGGUCUACUGCGACGUGGAGCCCAAGCGGAAGGCCCUCGCGGCGGCCAACGCCGAACUGGCCGCCGCCCAGGACAAGCUCACCGGCAUCAAGCGGAAAGUUAUGAGCCUCGAGGAACAGUUGGCCAAGCUGACGGCGGACUUUGAGAAAGCCACCGCUGACAAAUUGCGUUGUCAGCAGGAGGCAGAUGCCACCCAAGCCACAAUUGCGCUGGCCAAUCGCCUGGUGGGUGGUUUGGCCAGUGAGAACGUACGUUGGGCCGAGGCAGUCAACAACUUCGUCAAGCAGGGCAUCACAUUGCCAGGCGACAUUCUACUCAUUACCGCCUUUAUUUCCUAUGUUGGCUGUUUUACGAAAGGAUUCCGCAUCGACCUUCUACUCAAGAUGUGGACACCCUUUUUAAAGAGCAUCGAUCCGCCCAUUCCCACAACCGAGAAUCUCGAUCCUUUAUCGCUGCUGACCGACGACACCACCAUCGCCAUUUGGACAAAUGAGGGAUUGCCCAGCGAUCGAAUGUCCAUUGAGAACGCCACGAUCCUCUCCAAUUCGGAUCGUUGGCCUCUAAUGAUCGAUCCUCAACUGCAGGGAGUCAAGUGGAUCAAGCAAAAGUAUGGCGAGGAUCUCAAGGUGAUUCGUCUGGGUCAGAGGAGCUAUCUGGACAUCAUUGAGAAGUCCAUCAACGCGGGAUGCAAUGUGCUGAUCGAGAACAUCGACGAGAACUUGGACCCAGUGCUGGACUCUUUGCUGGGUCGAAAUCUGAUCAAGAAGGGAAAGGCCAUUAAAAUCGGAGACAAGGAGAUCGAGUACAACUCCAACUUCCGCCUGAUCCUUCACACCAAGCUAGCUAAUCCGCACUACAAACCAGAGAUGCAAGCACAAACCACUCUUAUUAACUUCACCGUUACACGCGAUGGCCUCGAGGAUCAACUGCUGGCGGAAGUGGUCAAGGCCGAACGUCCCGAUCUGGAGGAACUGAAAGCCGAUCUCACAAAGCAACAGAACGACUUUAAGAUCAUGCUGAAGAAACUGGAGGACGACCUGCUGUCGCGCCUUUCAUCGGCGGGUGAGAAUAUUUUAGGUGACACAGCUUUAGUGGAGAACCUGGAGACCACGAAGAGCACGGCAUCGGAAAUCGAAGAAAAGGUUGCGGAGGCGAAGAUAACUUCCAAGGAGAUCGACAAGGCCCGUGAAUACUACAGACCUGCGGCGGCCCGAGCCAGUUUGCUAUACUUUAUCCUCAACGAACUAAACACUAUCAAUCCGAUUUAUCAGUUUUCACUGAAGGCUUUUAGUGUAGUGUUCCAAAAGGCCAUAGCCAAGGCUGAACCGGGCGAAACUUUGGAUUUGCGAGUGUCCAAUCUGAUCGAUUGUAUAACGUAUUCGGUCUUUCAGUAUACUUCGCGUGGUCUUUUCGAAUGCGACAAGCUGAUCUUCGCCUCGCAAAUGACAUUUCAGAUUCUACUAAUGAACGAGGAGGUUACAUCGGCGGAACUGGACUUCUUGCUCCGCUUCCCGAUAAAGCCACAUGUGACGAGUCCUGUGGACUUUCUGACCAAUCAAUCGUGGGGCGGAAUAUGCAGUCUAGCGUCCAAAGAUGAAUUCAGGAACUUGGACCGCGAUAUAGAGACCUCCUCGAAGCGCUGGAAAAAGCUCGUUGAAUCGGAGCUACCGGAAAAGGAGAAAUUCCCCCAGGAAUGGAAGAACAAAACGGCUUUGCAAAGACUUUGCAUGAUCAGGGCUUUAAGGCCAGAUCGAAUGACCUACGCAUUAGCCGACUUUAUUGAAGAGAAACUGGGAUCCAAAUAUGUGGAAAGCCGCGCCAUGGAGUUCGCAAAAUCGUACGAGGAGGCCAGUCCCUCCACUCCGAUAUUCUUCAUCCUCUCGCCAGGAGUAAAUCCCCUCAAGGAUGUGGAGGCGUUGGGCAAACAAAUGGGCUUCAGCCUUGAUCUGGGUAACUUCCAUAACGUGUCUUUGGGACAGGGCCAGGAGGCCAUUGCAGAGGCAGCGAUGGACACGGCGGCCAAACAUGGCCACUGGGUGGUGCUGCAGAACAUCCAUCUGGUCAGGAAGUGGCUCCCAGUGCUGGAAAAGAAGCUGGAGUACUACGCCGAGGACUCGCAUCCCGACUACCGAAUGUUCCUGAGUGCAGAGCCGGCAUCGACGCCCUCGGCUCACAUAAUACCACAGGGCAUUUUGGAAUCGUCGAUUAAGAUCACCAACGAGCCCCCCACGGGAAUGCUGGCCAAUCUCCACAAGGCACUGGACAAUUUCACCCAGGAAACCCUUGAGAUGUCGGGCAAGGAGGCGGAGUUUAAAGCCAUCCUGUUCUCCCUCUGCUACUUCCACGCCGUGGUGGCAGAACGCCGGAAGUUCGGACCCCAGGGAUGGAACAAGAUCUAUCCCUUCAACGUGGGUGACCUCAACAUCAGUGUUUCGGUGCUAUACAAUUAUUUGGAGGCGAAUGCCAAGGUUCCGUGGGAAGAUCUACGCUACCUUUUUGGAGAGAUCAUGUACGGAGGUCACAUUACUGAUGACUGGGAUCGGAGGCUGUGUAUAACCUACUUGGAGGAGUACAUGCAACCAGAUUUGGUGGACGGCGAGCUAUUUCUGGCGCCCUCCUUUCCCGCUCCGCCCAACACGGAUUACCUGGGCUAUCACACCUAUGUGGAUGAAAUGAUGCCCGCGGAGUCGCCCUACCUCUACGGAUUGCAUCCCAAUGCGGAGAUUGGGUUCCUAACCACCCGAGCGGAGAACAUAUUCCGCACUGUUUUCGAGAUGCAACCAAGGGAUGCCGGAGCCGGCGGAGGAGCAACGGUGACGCGCGAGGACAAGGUGAAACAGAUCGUCGAUGAGAUCAUCGAGAAGCUGCCGGAGGAGUUCAACAUGGUCGAGAUCAUGAACAAGGUGGAGGAGCGCACGCCGUAUGUGAUUGUGGCCUUUCAGGAGUGCGAGCGCAUGAACUUCCUCACCAGCGAGAUGAAGCGCAGCCUGAAGGAACUGGACUUGGGCUUAAAGGGUGAAUUGACCAUUACGUCGGACAUGGAGGUGCUGGAGAAUUCACUGUUUUUGGAUCAAGUGCCGCCCAUCUGGACGUUACGUGCGUAUCCUUCGCUCUUGGGUCUCAACAAUUGGUUCAUCGAUCUGUGCCUGCGUCUGCGCGAACUGGAGACCUGGUCCACUGACUUUGUGUUACCCUCCUGCGUCUGGCUGGCCGGGUUCUUUAACCCACAAUCCCUGCUCACGGCGAUCAUGCAGAGCACUGCGAGGAGGAACGAUCUGCCGCUGGACAAGAUGUGCCUCCAAUGCGACGUCACCAAGAAGCAGAAGGAGGAAUUUACGACGGCUCCGCGAGAUGGCUGCUGCGUGCAUGGGAUCUUCAUGGAGGGCGCCAGGUGGGACAUUCAGCAGGGGAUCAUAAUGGAGUCGCGGCUGAAGGAGCUCUACCCCUCGAUGCCGGUGAUCAAUAUUCGGGCAAUCACCCAAGAUAAGCAAGAUCUGAGGAACAUGUACGAGUGCCCGGUCUACAAGACCCGCACUCGAGGCCCCACCACCUAUGUGUCCAACUUGAAUCUGAAGACCAAAGACAAGCCGGGCAAAUGGAUUCUCGCCGGAGUCGCCCUGCUCUUGCAGACCUAAUUUAACCAACCAUACUUUCGUAGAACUGUUCUAGAACUUAGUAUUUGAACUUUGAACUUAGUCCACCACCUUGAACAACAUCUCUUUAGAACAAUAAUAGAUCUAAGCUAGAAAAAUGUACCAAUUUUACCGUAGACUCCAAGUUUGACUUUCGAUUUCUUCCUUAUAUAGUGCACAUUUUUCGAAUAAAACACCUCCUAAGUAGACUUGCCUUAGGCGCACUAGCAUAAAACCCAAAAGAAA